AUGGGACAAACUAUCACCACCCCCAAAAGUUUAACUUUGCAGCACUUCAAGGAAGUCCGUGACAUCGCCCACAAUCUCUCGGUGGAAGUGCGGAAAGGAAAGUGGGACAUCUUCUGCUCAUCUGAAUGGCCCACCUUUGACGUGGGCUGGCCACGAGAUGGCACCUUUAACCUAGAUAUUAUUUUGCAGGUGAAGGCCAAAGUCAUGAAUCCUGGGCCCCAUGGGCAUCCAGACCAAGUCCCUUAUAUCAUCACGUGGGAAUCUCUGGUCAAGGACCCCCCACCGUGGGUGAAGCCCUUCUUGCCUCCCCCUUGCCCAAAACCCACUCAUUCUGCCCCCCCUCUCCCGCCUCCAUUAGUUCCUACCCCAGUUAACUCCACCCUUUACCCAGUCCUUAUGAAACCUACUCCAGAAAAGGACCCUAGCCACAAGAAGACACCCCCGGAACCAGGGGAGGCAACCGCCAGAGGGGGACCCCAGGGAGAGCCCCCCUCGUCCCCGGUGGCGGGACGCUUAAGGGGAAGACGAGAAGUCACUCCCGACUCCACAUCCCAGGCCCUACCGCUACGGAUGGGGCCUGACAGCCAGCUCCAAUAUUGGCCCUUUUCUGCGUCUGAUUUAUAUAAUUGGAAAAAUAAUAACCCUGCUUUUUCGAAGGAUCCCUGUAGGCUCACUGCAUUGAUCGAGUCUAUUUUAGUGACUCACCAGCCCACCUGGGAUGAUUGCCAACAGCUGCUCCAGACGCUGCUGACCACUGAGGAAAAGCAGCGGGUUGUCAUAGAGGCACGUAAAAAUGUUCCAGGAGACGAUGGACAACCCACCCAGCUGCCACACAGAAUAGAUGCGGCUUUUCCCUUGGAGCGACCGGAUUGGGACUUCUCCACUGAGCGCGGUAGGGAACGCCUACGUCAAUAUCGCCAGUUGCUCAUGGCGGGUCUCCGUGGGGCCGCAAAGCGCCCAACUAAUUUGGCCCAGGUUAAAUUAGUGACUCAAAAGUCUGAAGAAUCUCCCUCUGCCUUCCUAGAACGCCUCAAGGAGGCAUAUCGUGUGUAUACUCCCUACGAUCCAGAUAGUCCGGAUCAGGCAACUAACUUAGCCAUGUCUUUCAUUUGGCAGUCAGCCCCAGAUAUUAGACGGAAGUUAGAAAGACUUGACAAUUUAAGAGAGAAUACAGUGCAGGAUUUGCUGAAGGAGGCAGAGCGGAUUUAUAACAAGAGAGAGACACAGGAAGAAAGGGACGAAAGGCUGAAGAGAGAGGCAGAAGAAAGGGAGAAUGUCAGGGAGCGGAAGAGAAAUAAAGAGUUUAGCAGGUUGUUGGCCACUGUAGUGACAGAACAAAGGCAGAGUAGACAGGACCUGGGAGGCCGUAGGGGUCCCCGACUGGACAAGGAUCAAUGCGCCUACUGCAAGGAAAGAGGGCAUUGGGCCCGAGACUGUUCCAAGAAGCCAAAGGGCCACCAAAAGGGACCUCAAAGACCCAAGCCUCAGACCAAUUUGCUCAAUCUGGAAGACUAGGGGUGUCGGGGUCAGGAGCCUCCCCCUGAACCCAGGAUAACUCUUAACGUGGGGGGGCAGCCUGUCACCUUCCUGGUGGACACCGGAGCCCAACAUUCGGUACUCACCACCUCACCGGGACCCCUAACUGACAAAUCAGCAUGGGUUCAAGGAGCAACCGGAGGAAAGAGGUACCGUUGGACUACCGAGAGGAAGGUACAACUCGCCACCGGUAAGGUAACUCACUCCUUUUUGCACGUCCUUGAUUGUCCCUACCCCCUGCUGGGGAGAGACCUACUUAUGAAACUUAGGGCACAAAUCCACUUUGAGGGGACUAAAGCCCAUAUUACCGGGCCGCAGGGACAGCCCUUGCAUGUGCUAACCAUGCACUUACAAGAUGAGUACCGGCUCCACGAGCCUGAGAAACCUGAGUCGCAGGAUGUGACUAGUUGGCUAGAGAAAUUUCCCCUGGCUUGGGCGGAGACUGGAGGAAUGGGUCUCGCCAUUCACCAACCGCCCUUGGUGAUUGCUCUAAAGGCAUCUGCGACUCCUGUCUCUAUCAAACAAUAUCCAAUGUCACAUGAGGCCUACCAGGGAAUCAGACCCCACAUUCAGAGACUUUUAGAUCAGGGCAUAUUGGUACCGUGCCAAUCUCCUUGGAAUAAGCCUCUCCUUCCAGUCAAAAAGCCAGGAACAGGAGAUUAUCGCCCAGUACAGGACUUAAGGGAAGUCAACAAAAGAGUGGAGGACAUACACCCCACAGUCCCCAACCCAUACAAUCUGUUGACUGGGCUUCCCCCGAGAUAUGUUUGGUAUACAGUCCUGGACCUCAAGGAUGCUUUCUUCUGUUUGAGGCUCCACCCAAAGAGCCAAUCUCUUUUUGCCUUUGAGUGGAAGGAUCCAGAGCUGGGAAUAUCGGGCCAGCUUACUUGGACAAGAUUACCACAGGGGUUCAAAAACAGCCCCACCCUUUUCGAUGAAGCUCUACACCGGGACUUGGCUGACUUCAGGGUCCAUCACCCUACCCUAAUUUUACUCCAGUAUGUGGAUGACCUCCUCCUGGCUGCAGAAACUGAGAAAGAAUGUAAGGAGGGAACAGAGGCCCUUUUGAGAACUUUAGAAAUUCUAGGAUACAGGGCCUCAGCCAAAAAGGCCCAGAUUUGCCAAAGACAAGUUACUUAUUUGGGAUACCAGAUCAAAAAUGGGCAAAGGUGGCUGACCGAGGCACGGAAACAGACAAUUUUGGGAAUUCCAGAACCCAAAAAUCCGAGGCAGUUAAGAGAGUUCCUAGGUACGGCGGGGUUUUGCCGCCUCUGGAUCCCGGGGUUUGCAGAGAUGGCCGCACCACUCUACCCCCUUACCAAACAAGGGACUCUCUUCACUUGGGGGGAUGAACAACAGAGGGCCUACGCAUCAAUAAAAGAGGCCCUGCUAACUUCCCCUGCAUUAGGAUUGCCGGAUUUAAACAAGCCCUUUGAGUUGUUCAUGGACGAGAGACAAGGGUAUGCUAGAGGAGUCCUAACUCAAAAACUUGGACCUUGGAGGCGUCCGGUUGCCUACCUGUCUAAGAAACUCGACCCAGUGGCCUCAGGUUGGCCCCCUUGCCUACGGAUGGUGGCUGUGAUCGCCCUCUUGCUCAAGGACUCUGGCAAACUGACUAUGGGGCAGCCGGUAACUAUCCUGGCUCCACAUGCGGUUGAGGCCCUGGUAAAACAACCUCCGGGCCGAUGGCUCUCUAAUGCCCGCAUGACUCAUUACCAGGCUCUGUUACUAGACACUGAGAGAGUGCAAUUUGGUCCUGUGGUAGCCCUCAACCCAGCAACGCUGCUUCCCCUACCAGAAGGUCCAGAAGUUCAUGAUUGUCUCCAGAUACUUACAGAGGUACAUGGCACCCGACCUGACCUAACUGACCAACCCCUUUCGGAGGCUGACUUUACCUGGUUCACCGACGGGAGCAGUUUCCUGGACAACGGAGAGCGGAGAGCAGGGGCUGCGGUCACCACCGAAACUGAGGUAAUUUGGGCCAAGGCCCUACCACCUGGAACCUCAGCGCAACGGGCCGAACUCAUCGCCCUGACCCAAGCCCUCCGAAUGGCGGAAGGUAAGAAGCUAAAUGUCUAUACAGACAGCCGUUAUGCCUUUGCUACUGCUCAUAUCCAUGGAGAAAUAUAUCGAAGAAGGGGACUGCUUACCUCCGAAGGGAAAGAGAUUAAAAAUAAGACGGAGAUAUUGGCCUUGUUAGAGGCUUUGUUCUUACCCUCGAGGCUGAGCAUUAUUCAUUGCCCAGGUCACCAAAAGGGGGACAGCUUGGAAGCCAGGGGCAACCGCUUGGUGGACAUGACAGCCAGGGAAGUAGCGAUGCAAGGAAAUUCAGAGGCUCCCCGCCUCAUGGCCAUAGAUCUGGCCAUGGCAGAGGCCCACUCCAUCCAAAAACCCUCCUUCCAUUUCCAUUAUACUGAGGAGGACCAAAACCUCCUCAAAGGAAUGGGGGCCGCAUACAACCCCACAACAAGACUCUGGACUUUCAACGAGCGACCUGUGUGGCCCCUACAACAGACCCGGGACCUGAUCAAGUAUCUCCAUCAACUGACCCAUCUUAGCUCCAAAAAGAUGAAAACCCUCCUGGACAGAGAGGAAAACACCCACUAUCUGCUAGGUAAAGAUAAAAUCCUACAAGAAGUAGCUGAAGAAUGCACGGCAUGUGCCCGAGUCAAUGCAAGCCGUAACAAGAUCGGUGCGGGGGUCAGGGUCCGAGGACACCGCCCUGGCACUCAUUGGGAGAUAGACUUCACCGAGGUGAAACCUGGACUCUAUGGGUACCGGUACUUACUGGUAUUUAUAGACACUUUUUCUGGGUGGGCAGAAGCCUACCCUACUAAACAUGAGACUGCCAGAGUUGUCACCAAGAAACUUUUAGAAGAAAUCUUCCCUAGGUAUGGAAUGCCGCAAGUACUGGGCUCUGACAACGGGCCUGCCUUCGUCUCCCAGGUAAGUCAGUCAGUGGCCACAUUGUUGGGGAAUGAUUGGAAAUUACAUUGUGCAUACCGCCCCCAGAGCUCAGGGCAGGUAGAACAUAUGAAUAGAACUAUUAAGGAGACUUUAACCAAAUUAACGCUUGCAACUGGUGCUAAGGACUGGGCAUCCCUCCUUCCCCUAGCGUUGUAUAGGGCUCGAAACACUCCGGCCCAUGGGCUCACUCCUUUUGAGAUCUUGUAUGGCGCCCCGCCACCAGCUGCCCAUUUCUUUGACUCUGGAAUAGCCUCCUUUGCUGAUACCCCCUCUCUUCAAGCUCAUUUGCAGGCUCUACAGCUUGUGCAACGGGAGGUUUGGAAGCCUCUGGCGGCCCCGUAUCGACAGCAGCUAAGUCAACCUGCGGUCCCGCACAAAUUCCAGAUUGGAGACGUGGUUUGGGUACGGCGACACCAGACAAGGAACCUGGAACCACGCUGGAAAGGACCUUACACUGUUCUGCUGACGACACCCACAGCUCUGAAAGUAGACGACAUCGCCGCCUGGGUCCACGCCUCCCACAUCAAGGCCGCCUCCCCUGAGCAGCCGCCUGACGCCUCGGACUCGGGAACCCGAUGGAAACUCCACCGCACUCAAAAUCCUCUCAAGAUAAGACUGACUCGGGGGGGGGGGAACCCUAAUAGUCUUGCCUCUUACCCUGAUUCCCAGGUUGGAGCCCAACCCCACUGGCCCAGUCUGGAGGUAGAUCUCUGUGCUCUUGCUCUAGGGGCCAGCCCCGACUGGGGAACCCCCGAGGUCGUGUACACUCCGGGGUCAAGCGCCCCCCAGCUAGAGGGCCGUCGCCCCAUAGUUCCGGGCUGUCGCAACGGGAUUGAGAGAGCAGACCUACAUGGUCAGGCAGGGAUCUAUGUCUGUCCGGGAAGUCAUAGGAACAAAAACCUCAACUAUAAAUGUGGGUGGUCAAAUGACUACUUUUGUGCCUCUUGGUCCUGUGAAACUACGGGAGACACCUACUGGGCUCCCUCCUCCAAUUGGGAUUAUAUAACUGUUAAGAGAAAAGAUCGCCAGCCAGGGGCGACCCCCAAUUAUAUCCCAGAUCAAUUAAAGACAAAAUGUGCCACCAGUAGCACUACAAAGGGGUGGUGUAAUCCCCUGCUCAUUCAGUUCACUGAGCAGGGAAAGAAAGCGCCCUGGAUAACUAGCACCAGGGGUUUUGAAUGGGGCAUCAGGCUUUAUAUGCACGGAUGGGAUAUGGGCCUUACCUUUAAACUCAAACUUAAAAAGACCUCACCCACAACUGCCUCUGUGGGACCCAACCCAGUCUUACAGGAGCCCUCUCUACCACGACCUCCACCCCGGCCAACAUCACCCCCAAGUACUUUCGUUUCUUCCCCCAGCUCCGCUCGGUUAAUUACAGGCCCCACGAUGCAACCUCAGCGACCUGGGUCAGGAGGUAGGCUCCUCGAUUUAAUAGCAGGAGCCUACCAGGUGCUAAACCGCUCCGAUCCCCACCUGACUCAAGAAUGUUGGUUAUGCCUGGUUUCUACCCCACCCUAUUAUGAGGGAUUAGCUAUAAUGGGCAAUUUCUCUAAUCAUACCACACCGCCAGCAACUUGCUAUCCCUCUGUGCAGCAUAAGCUAACCCUGUCAGAGGUAUCCGGGCAAGGACUUUGUGUAGGGACCAUACCCGCUGCCAGUCAGCCACUUUGUAAUUCCACUGUCCCUCUUACCUCAGGAAGUUAUUACCUGGCUGCCCCCAAUAAUACCUUGUGGGCCUGCAACACUGGCCUGACCCCUUGUAUAUCAGCCCAAGGCUGGAAUGAUAGUUCUGAAUUUUGUAUUUUAAUCGAACUAUGGCCUAAAAUAGUUUACCAUGAACCAGAAGAAGUUUAUAGGCACUUUGAAAAAGGGACUCGAUACCCUAGAGAACCUUUGUCUCUAACCCUGGCAAUAAUGCUGGGGGGACUAACGGUUGGGGGCAUAGCCGCAGGGAUUGGGACUGGGGCCACCGCCCUAUCAGCGACCCAUCAGUUCCUACAACUUCAACAAGCUAUGCAUGCCGAUCUACAGGCGUUAGAAGAAUCAGUAAGUGCCUUGGAGAAAUCCUUGACCUCACUGUCUGAGGUAGUUCUACAGAACCGUAGAGGGCUAGAUAUCCUCUUUUUGCAAGAGGGAGGACUAUGUGCGGCUCUAAAAGAGGAGUGCUGUUUCUAUGCCGAUCACACCGGACUAGUCAGAGACAAUAUGGCCAAACUUAGAGAGAGACUUAAUCAGAGAGAAAAGCUCUUCAAUGAAAGACAAAGUUGGUAUGAAAGCUGGUUCAAUAAGGCCCCCUGGUUCACCACUCUUGUUUCCUCUCUCAUGGGCCCCUUAAUUAUAAUUCUUUUAAUUCUACUUUUCGGGCCUUGCAUUCUAAAUAGGUUAGUUCAGUUUAUGAAGGACCGGCUCUCCGUCAUACAGACGUUAGUGCUAACCCAGCAGUAUCAUCAACUCAAGCAGCUGGAGACGGAGAUUGACUCUCCCUAGACCCGCAGAAUGAAGGAUUCCAUUCUAAGCUAGAAGAAAAAUGGGGGAAUGAAAGAAUAAAGUCCUAGCAUAAUACGUGACCCUGCUCACAAUCUGCCUUCCCGCCUUCCCGGUUCCGAAUACGUGACCCUGCUCACAAUCUGCCUUCCCGCCUUCCCUGUUCUGGGUACGUGACUUAACUACGGCUUUGUUCAAACCACCCAAUCAGACCCCUGUAACUAUGCUUCUCGCUUCUGUAACCGCGCUUCCUGCUCCCGAGCCCUAUAAAAACCUGUCACCCCAACCGAGAGGCGCGCAAGUCUUCCGAGAGACUUUGUCGCCCCGGGUACCCGUGUACUCAAUAAAACCUCUUGCUGGUUGCAUCCGAACAACUGGACUCGUUGAUCUUUGGGUACGGGGUCUCCCUGACGGAA